UUUAUCAUCGAUUUCAUCAUCCUUAUUUUUUAUAUCAUUGUCAACACUCAAAAUGGAAAUGUUUGAUUUGAAAAAUAUUAAUCUUUAUGAAUUGUUUGAUCUCAAUAAAGAAUGUACUGAAUCAGAUAUCAAAAAAGCCUUUCGUAAAAAGGCUUUAAUACAUCAUCCGGAUAAAAAUCCAGAUGAUCCAAAAGCAAAAGAAAUAUUUCAAAAAUUAUCCAAAGCUUUAGAAAUAUUGACUGAUGAAAAAGCAAGAGCUUCUUAUGAUAAAAUAUUGCAAGCUAAAAUUGAUCGUGAAAUACGUGAUAGAAAAUUUGAUGCUAAACGAAAAAAAUUCAAAGAUGAUCUGGAACAAAAAGAAAAAUUUGCCGAACAAGUAACAAUCAUCGAAGAAGAGGAACGAUUAAAACGAGAAAUUGAACGUAUCAGAAAAGAGGGAUCGAAACAAUUAGAAGAAGAAAACCAAUUGCUGAAGAAAAAGCUAAAUGAAAGUAUCAAUCAAGCAAAAUCAUUGUCACGAGGUAACAAUGUCAUCAAAGUCAAGCUUAAAAAACGUUCCAAAGAUUCAAAUAUAAUCAUUACUGAUGAAUUGAUUCAUAAAAAUUUCAAACAUUUUGGAUCGAUAUUAUCGAUUGUCAAGAUGAAAAAAUCAGCAUUAAUCGAGUAUGAACAUUAUGAUUCAUUGAAAAGGAUUGCAGCAAACUGUCCGAAAGGAUUUGAAUUUGAAAUAUUAAAUGUUAAUCGUUGUGAUUCAACCACAGAAGUAGCCGCAGCAGAAAACCUGGAAAAUGCUGAAAAAUCCAGUAACAAUAAUAACCAAAAUGAUAAUUCAAAAGUACAGCAAGAAACCGCUUUACCUACUGUCGAUAAAUGUGAUGAUAAUGAUUAUGAAGAAUAUAUCCUCAAAAGAUUGCAAGAAGCUGAACAGAAUAAACGCAAACAAUGCACGAAAGAAGUUUGA